AUGCAUACACUCAAAGCCACAGCGUCUUCAUCGCUCUCACUCGCUCAGGACAAUUACAUCUACUCCAUUGCUUCAUCAAGCCCAGGCUCAUUCGCAGCCAUUGCUUCGGACGACUCACUGCGUGUGUUUGACGCCGCUAGUCUUGGCCAUGUCUCUGUGGUGGCUGCCGACGCCCACAAGGGAGUUACGUCGUUGAAAUCGUACGAUGCGGGUCAGCAACUGCUUGCCACUGGAGGAAGAGACGGGAGGGUGAAGCUUUGGGAUCUGCGGAAUGGCAAGAGGUCGGCAGUUGUAGAGGUGGAGACAUCAAGGGACGCACCGGUUCUAUCUAUAGCCUGUUGUCCUGCAACAAACAGCCUCGUAGCCGGCACUGAGCUUGUUUCUUCCCAGGCUGUUGUUGCUUUUUGGGAUGUCAGAUCCCCGGGUCAAUCUCGACUUCAGUAUGUUGAAAGCCACAAUGACGAUGUCACUGAGCUCCAAUAUCACCCAACGAGGAACAAUAUCGUGCUUUCCGGAAGCACGGAUGGUCUAGUCAACGUCUAUAACACCAAUAUUACAGACGAAGAUGAGGCUCUUGUACAAGUUAUCAACCAUGGCUCAGUACAUCAUGCCGGUUUCUUAAGCGAGAGGACCAUUUAUGCUCUCAGUCACGAUGAAGUCUUCUCGAUUCAUCCGGCUACGGAUCCGGAAGAGGAAGCGCAGGAGCCUAAUCCUGUGCAGUUCGGAGACUUGAGACAGCCCCUAGGCUGUGAAUACAUUGCUCAGCUAUGCGUUGGCAGUCAGGGCCCCUAUGUCGCCGCUGGCCAUAAAAUGUCA